AUGUCCCAUUUCAGACUGAAGACUCAACCCGUCUCGCCCCCAUCGUUCGCUUCCCGACCGCUUGGCGUAAACGCGAAGAGGGCCAUGGGAAGCGUGAACAGCUGCGAAACUCCGGUCCUCUCCGAAGCCCCAGUGUCCAAAGACAGAGAUGACUAUUGCGACUAUGCUGGACCUGGACCCUGGUACACCUGCAAGCCGGAUGGCCUCCAUGUGGAACGCUUUGCCAAAAAGGGCCCUGCCAGCAGAGAAGGAUGUGUUCCCACCACUCUGCCCGAGCUCUUGAAGAGGGCAGCUGAGACCAAGUGGGACAAACCCGCCCUGAAAAUCGAGAGGCCAUUGCCACCCUUGGAUUCUGAAGGAAAGGCACCAGAGUCUCUGCCCGAUGAUCAGUGGAAGACGUGGACAUGGAAGCAGCACUACGAUGAGUCGAGAAAGGCAGCCAAGGGGUUCAUUAAGCUGGGGCACCAACCCUUUGAUGCUGUGGCCAUGUGGGGUUUCAACGCUCCGGAGUGGAUGUUCAGCACCUUCGCUGCCAUGAUGGCAGGUGGCAUGGCUGGUGGUCUCUAUCCAACGGACACACCCGAGACGGCGGCAUUUAAGGUGGCACACAGCGGAGCGAGCAUCGUUGUCUUUGAAGACAAACCCAAGUUGGAUAAACUGCUGAAGGCCUUAGCAGCGCGUCAAGACGCCAAGCCUCCCAGGGUCAAGGCCUUUGUGACCUACGGCUACACUCCGGCUGCAGGAGAGACUGUGGACGUCAAGGGCCGGAAGGUCCCAGUGCUGAGUUGGAGUGACGUGAUCGAGAUGGGAGGCAAGGAGAGCGAUGGUGAAGUGGAUCAACGCACCAAGGCGCUGAAGCCGGGACAAUGUGCUGUGCUGGUCUACACUUCCGGCACCACCGGAGAUCCCAAGGCAGUGAUGCUCUCCCACGACAAUGUGCACUACGCGGGAGUGUCUGUAUUCAUGACCACACUGAAACAAGGCGCUCCAGGCUUUCUCGAGGGAGAGUGUCAAGAGCGCCUUUUGUCCUAUUUGCCCCUUUCGCACAUUGCUGGUAUGGCCGUGGACAUCACCAUGCCUGCGGUGCUUACAGCAUUGAGCUCCAAUCACAUGACGACCUACUUUGCCCGGCCCUAUGACAUGAAAGCAGGGACCCUGAAAGAUCGGCUGUGCGCCGCCUCACCGACUCUUAUGCUCGCCGUGCCAUUGGUGUGGGAGAAGAUUGCUGACAAACUUCGAUCCUUGGGAGCAGCCAAUUCAGGACUGAAGCAGACCAUCGGCACCUGGGCUAAAGAUCUUGGCCUGCAAAGAUCCAAGGCCUGUUUGAUGGGAGGCGAUGGGUCUUAUCCAACGGGCUACACUCUGGCAGACAUGUUGGUCUUGAGCAAAGUGAAAGCCGCUCUGGGGUUGGAUCAACUGAAGUAUGCCGUUACAGGAGCUGCUCCCAUCCGUGUGGACACUUUGGAGUACUUUGGAUCGUUGGGCUUGGACAUCCAUGAGUUGUACGGCAUGUCAGAAAGUCACGGCUGCUCUACAAUCUCCACACCCGCUUGCCAUGCGUGGGGCUCCUGCGGCUUUCAAAUUGCUGGACUAGAGGUGAAAGUUUUCAAGGUCGAUCAUGCGGAUAUCAACAAGAAGACCCAGUGCCCAGCAGCACCCAGCCUUGACACCACCGACGAGCUCUUUCAAGGUGAGAUUUGCUUCAGGGGCCGAACCAUCAUGAUGGGAUACAUGGCCCAGCCAGACUUUGGCCCAGCUCACAUCAAGGAGAUCGAAAAGAAGACGGCGGAAGCCAUCGAUGCCGAGGGCUGGAUGCAUACGGGAGACAAAGGAAUCAUGACGGACACUGGCAUGGUGAAGAUCACAGGGCGCUUCAAGGAGCUGAUCAUUGGCGACGGAGGCGAAAACAUCGCUCCGGUGCCCAUCGAAGAUCACGUGAAGGCCCACUGCGAUGGCAUCAACGAGGUGAUGAUGGUGGGCGACAAACGCAAAUACAACGUGGCCCUCAUUACCUUGAAGGCCGUGGGGGCCAAUGGAGAAGUUCCCGGCACGGACGACUUGGAUGCCGGCGCCAAGCGGGUCAAUCCGGAAGUUAAGACCAUCAGUGCAGCCAUGGACGACAAGGUUUGGAUCGAUGCCGUGACUGCAGCGGUGACCUCGGCUAACAACAACGGCAAGUGUUGCCCCAACAACGCCUUCAAGAUUCAGAAGUUCAUGAUUUUGCCCACGAAUUUCUCCGAAGACGCUGGCUAUUUGACACCCACGAAGAAAUUGAAACGUCCAAUUGUGGAGAAGGCUUUCAUCAAACAAAUUGAACAAAUGUACAGCUCCAAGGAGACCUAUGUGCGAUAUCAGCCAUAG